CCCCAGGGAGGCAGUUGGACAGCAGUUCAAGAUGGAACUGUGGGAAGAUGGGGCCAGAUUAUGCAAUACCUCACUGUAUGGAGUUAGAGUUUACUCUCUACUUAAUGGAUGGCUCCUGAACAGACAGACAAUAGAUAUACUCUAAUUCAUAUUUUCAGAAGCUAACUUUUGACAGUUGAGGAGAAAAUAAUUUGUAGUGAGGCAAGAUUAGAAGCCGGGAGAUCAGUUAGGAAGUAGCUUUAAAGGACAGAUUGGAUGAAGGGGAAAUAUUGGAGACAUACUUUGAAGGAAGAAUUGACUUGCCUGGGUGGAGUGUUAAAGACCCUACACGUGGCCUUUUAAAAUAUGCGUUUGAGACAGAGUUCUACAACGUAGGAACCGAACAUGCCUGGGGAAGUUCUGGCCGUCACUGCUCAUGACUUUUUGCACCUCUGCCCGAUUUGGAUGAUGUGAUGCUCAGCCGGGCACCUUAACCAGAGUGGUUCUCCCACGAGUCACAUCUGGCCAAAGAUCGGCUCCCCUGGUCGCGAUGGCCAGCCAGCCGCCAGACGACGCCGCCGAGUCUCAGGUCUCGGACGAGCUGGAGUGCAAGAUCUGUUACAACCGCUACAACCUGAAGCAGAGGAAACCCAAGGUGCUGGAGUGUUGCCACCGAGUUUGUGCCAAAUGCCUCUACAAGAUCAUCGACUUUGGGGACUCCCCGCAGGGCGUCAUCGUCUGUCCUUUCUGCAGGUUUGAGACCUGCCUGCCGGACGACGAGGUCAGCAGCCUGCCGGACGACAACAACAUCCUCGUCAACUUGACUUGUGGCGCCAAAGGCAAGAAGUGCCUGCCAGAGAACCCCACGGAGCUGCUGCUGACCCCCAAGAGGCUGGCCUCUCUGGUCAGUCCGUCGCACACGUCCUCCAACUGCCUGGUCAUCACCAUCAUGGAGGUGCAGAGGGAAAGCUCCCCGUCUCUGAACUCCACUCCCGUGGUGGAAUUUUACAGGCCGGCGAGCUUCGACUCCGUCACCACCGUGUCUCACAACUGGACUGUGUGGAACUGCACGUCCCUGCUGUUUCAGACAUCCAUCCGGGUGUUAGUUUGGUUGCUAGGCUUGCUCUACUUCAGCUCCUUGCCCUUAGGGAUCUACUUACUGGUCUCUAAGAAAGUCACCCUCGGGGUCGUCUUCGUCAGCCUCGUCCCUUCGAGCCUCGUUAUUCUCAUGGUGUACGGUUUUUGCCAGUGUGUCUGUCAUGAGUUUCUAGACUGCAUGGCACCUUCUUCUUAACUGAUAUGCAAACCUAGGAACUGGGCAUCAGUUGCCACAUUGGAAGUUAGAGGACUUCUUUUCUGUUCAUCUGAAACACUGUCCAAGGCACUGACAAGGCCGCUGGCCCAAUGUCUGUGGUCCGUUUUCCAUCACGCUGUUUAUUGACUUGGUUCUCCUGUUUGCUGGAGGUAAAAAUGGUAUUUCUAUGUAGGUGUCAGCAAAGAAGCAAAAAUGUCUAAGCUCAGCUUUCACGGAGCUCUUGUGGGGAGUCUGCCCCGGGGAGGGCCGGGUUUCGCUCAGCGCUGCCAGGCAGACCCCAGGGCAAGGUGUGCUGUGCUGCUGUCGGGGAGGGAGUGACCCUUCUCCUGAUCACCCCUGGUCAGCGGGGGGGAGUGGACACGGGGGAAAGCUGUUCUGAGAUGCACCCCUUUGAAAAUGGGGCUCCCUGUAGGUCCUUGCCAGGCGUCUUUGUCUCUAGUCGUCGCCUGCCCGCUGCACCUUCUCCCUCGGCAAGAGGGGAGCGGCCUGUUCCCUGGUGUGGAUUCAGUGAAGCACCUGUUUUGCCACACGACUAAAGAGAAUGAAAAACCGUGAGGAGUCUGCAGCAAAGUCACCUCAUGACAGAAUGUAGCCCUUGGUUUUGAGGUGCAGCCUUUUCUCCACUUUUCUUUUGUCCUUCGUCUUCUCUGAAAUUCUCCCAGAGAAUUCUCACAGCUCCUGUUCGUGGAAAUUUUCAGUUUUUCCUUAAAACAUUUCAGUUCAGUUUAAUUUUUUUUUUUAAACCAUGUUGCUUAAUCAGCCUACCCCAUAUCCAGAAUGACGUUCCUUUUAGAUUAGUUGCUAGAAGUUUGUGAGGAUUUUGUGUUCUAAAUUCUAUUGCAGACUUAAUCCUACAAUAAUUCAGGGUAAAAAUGUGGCACUGGAAACCCAGAAACAGUGAAUGAGAUAUUGUUGCUUAGAGCUUGAAGUACCGAGAACCUGUGUGUUUUGCUGUACUGUAGCGAUGACACCAAAAUACGACGCUUUAGGUUCCUGUGCCAGGCGCGGGUGCAGUAGGCAGGCAAAAGAUGGGCAGGAAACACACAGAGCUGAUGCCCUGCCUGAAAAGACCCUUCCAGAAGAACAGUGGAGGUGGAACGUUGCCGUGUUGCUAUCCUUGUGGUUUUUAAGUCCAUUUUAGAAGGGAUUCAAAUUCUUACACGGUUAUUUGAAAUAAAAUUGUAAGCUGUGUGACUCGAGUUAAUGAAUUUCUUUUCAUGAUGAGAUUUCUAGAUGUUGGGGAGGUUGAAUGUACAUAUUUCAGAGAAGAAAUUGUUUUAGCAGAUUUUAGGUUUGAGGGAAUUAGACUGUCCAGAAAGUAGUCUUCCACCUCCUCCCUCACAAAAAGCAAAAAAAAAUUUUUUUUUUAAGUUUCUAAAAUCUAUUACUGAUGAUUAACAUGAAAAUACUUAUAACUCUUAGAAAGGGCAUUACUAAAACGACCUUAACUUGUUUGUCAUGGAAUACUUCUUGUGUGAUUUAGUGGCAGUGGCCAGUUCCAUUCUCCUUAUUCAGGAAAAAAUGACUUGUUUCUAGAAUAAUAGUUUGAUUUUAAAUGUGUAACUAUUAACUUUGGAAAUAUGUAUCCCCAAGGUAAGUAUAAUGGGAAAGUAUAUAUGGGGUGUGACCCAAUGAAUUUAAGCCCCAAGAUAUAGCUAAAUACAUGAAAAGUUUCAUACAAUCUGGUUUAGAUAGCAUUGUGAAUGCAAUCUCCAAAAAUCUGUUUGUAUUUAGAGUAAAUAGAAUAUUUAGGAGAUGUUUUGUGGUUUGGAUUUAUAUAUUUAUAAGUUUUUAAAAAAUGUCCAUUUUGUCUGAAAUGUAACUUCAAAUAAAUUGGUGAGUUAUAUGAUGAGAUUUCUAGUAAGCGCUGGACAUGGUUUUUAUGUAUUUUGCUUAUAUAAUUGUCUGUAGUGCUAAAUUUGUGUCUCUCUGCAAAUUGUAAUAGUCUUUUUUUUCAGUUGUCAGUAAGUUAAUCUGGUUUUAUCGACUUUAAAUAUAUGACCACAAAUAAUUCUUCUUGCAGUUAAAUGAAAAGAGAACAGUGCUUCAAUAUUUUAUUCACUGUGAUGAUGGUUUGUUUGUCCAUUAAAUUGUUAUUACUUCCAAACUAGAAGUUUGAGUUCUGUGACUCACAGUUGAGAUUCAAUUAUUACUUUGGUCCUCUGUUUAUAUUAGAUAACUGCAAAAAUGAGCUUUCCA